UAUACCGCUGUGAUACCAUGAGGACUUGUAUUUUGAAAUACUAACUACGUGAGCCGGAAGCUUGCCUCUGACGUCAGAUGAGCAACAUGGAGCUGAUCUGUGAACAUGUGAAUCAGUGAGAGUAAGUCGUCGUUGUAUUUCAGAUUGUGACGUGUGGACAUCAUGGCAGAUCAAGGUUUGAUGGUAAACUUUUUGACCCCUGAAAAAUUUAAAAAGACGCAUCGGAAGUCAGCUUUCAGGGCUCGUGACAAGUGGGCACAGAAGAAGCAGUCAGCCUUUAAACGCAAGGCUUCAGGAGAACAUCAGACUUUGCAGUUCAAACAUAAGAAACCUCGUCUCUCUGACCAGACAUCUGAGUCACAGGCUGCACCUUCCAGUCCCAAGGCUUCCCAGAACAAAUCAGAAGAAGCGAAUCAGAAGACUCAGAAGAAGCGCUUUCAACCAGACCAAACCGCUGAACAACCUGAGAGUGUACCCCUCAGCCCGAAACCUCCCAAGAAACAGAAGAAGCGCUUAAAACCAGACCAGACCGCCAAACAACCUGAGAGUGUACCCCUCAGCCCAAACCUCCCCAGAACCAGAAGGAGCCUUCUCAGUCAGACCAGGUCCAGGGGCAGGAAAGCCCAGUGUCCGUCAGUCCUCAGGCGCCCCCUCGGAACAAAACCCAUCGUGGGCCGGGGCCGCAGGGAAAGCGGAACGCGCCUCAGCGACCCUCUGACAGGAAACGCAGCGAUGGCGGGCACCGCAGCAGGCCCACAGGCCAUCAGGACCUCCAGUCUCUUCAAAAACAACCCAGACAUCCCCAGCGUCCAGCCUCCCAGUGUGACCCAGCUGAAGGAGAAGGUUUUCACCACUGAUUCCUUCUCUGAACUCGGCCUGCAUCCACACCUGGUGGCAACACUCCACAAGGUCCUGAAUGUGACCAGCAUGACCAGUGUCCAGAAACAGACCCUUCCUGUGCUGCUGGCAGGGAAAGAUGCAGUGGUGCGCUCACAGACAGGCUCUGGGAAAACCUUAGCCUAUGGCAUUCCUAUUGUGCAGGCGCUACAAGCAGUGGUGCCCAAAAUUAAGCGAGGAGAUGGGCCUCUGGCUGUUAUUGUGGUUCCUACUAGAGAGCUGGCCCAACAGAGCUUUCAGAUCUUCCAGAAGCUUGUUAAGCCAUUCACAUGGAUUGUACCAGGGGUGUUGAUGGGUGGAGAGAAGAGGAAAGCAGAGAAAGCCAGGCUGAGGAAAGGCAUCAACAUCUUGGUGUCAACUCCUGGCCGGCUGGUUGACCACAUCAACAACACACUGAGUAUUGUCUUCAGCAGUGUGCGCUGGCUCAUCCUCGACGAGGCUGAUAGGACUCUGGAUCUGGGAUUUGAGAAGGACCUGGCGGUUAUCCUGAACGCCCUCAAUGCUGGAGAUUCCCCCAGGCAGAACGUGCUCCUCUCUGCCACGCUCACUGAGGGGUUGUCUCGGCUGGCUGACAUCUGUAUGAAGGACCCCGUGAGCGUGCACGUGUCUGAGGACGCCGUGAGCGCGCACGUGUCUGAGGGUGGAGGUAAGGAGAACACGGAGGCCAAACAGGCCCAGGCCACCCCUGUGUGUGAGGCCGGGGAGCAGGCGGAGCGCUUCGCUGUCCCAGAGAAGCUCCAGCAGCACAUGGUGGUGGUGCCUAGCAAGCUACGCCUCGUCUGCCUCGCAGCCUUUAUCCUGGACAAGUGCAAGUUUGAGAGUGGGCAGAAGCUGAUCGUGUUUGUGUCGAGCUGUGAGGCGGUGGAGUUUCUGCUCACGGCCCUGACCGCUGUACUGUGUGGACAACAAGACAACGCUGAUACGCCCAAGAAGACUCCGCCUAAAAACAAAAAUGUCACCCCGCCCAAACCCAUCAACUUCCUGCGACUUCACGGGAACAUGAAGCAAGGGGAGAGGAUGGAGGUGUUCCAGGAGUUUUCCAAGUGCAGGAGUGGCGUGUUGCUCUGUACGGAUGUCGCUGCUCGGGGGCUGGACCUCCCCCAGGUCACCUGGAUCAUACAGUACAACCCUCCCCUCUCUGCUGCGGAGUACGUGCACCGAGUGGGCCGCACGGCUCGGAUCGGCACCGAAGGCUCCAGCCUUCUCUUUCUCACACCGGCAGAGGUGGCUUAUGUGGAUAUCCUGGCCAAUCACAACAUCAGCAUGUCUGAGAUGAAACUGGAGAACAUUCUGUCUGUCCUGCUAAAAGAUGAGCGGUUCCGUUGCCGAGGACGGUGGGAUAAUAAGAAGGGUCAAGCCGCUAUCGAACAGGAGACGCGUGAGCGAGCCACGGUUCUACAGACUGCGUUUGAGAACCUGGUUCACGCUGGCGAGGAGUCUGUUCAGACGGCCAAGAGAGCGUUGCAGUCGUUCGUCCGUUCAUACACCACUUACCCCUCCAACCUGAAGCACAUCUUCCACCUGCGGAACCUCCAUCUGGGCCACGCAGCCAAGAGCUUCGGCCUGAGAGACGCCCCGAACAACCUCACACACACCGCAGGGGAGAACGUACGCAAGAACAAGAACAAGAACAAAGACAAAGACAAGAAGCGUAGGCCGGGUAUGAAUGACCGUAAGCGUGGCGCUCAAGUCUUAUGCUCAGAGUUCGGGAAUGGAGCAGACUCCAGCAGUCAGAAGAAGAAGAGGAGGAAGACGAAGAAAGGAAAUAUGACAGAGAUGGAAACAGCAGAGGGAUGAAUCACAAAGCACACUCUCAGACAAACACACACACACACACACACACACACACCAGACCACUACACUUAGAGGUCACAGAUGCCCACCAGAAAUGGGAGAUUGGAUGGUGUGUGUGUCUUGAGUAGUGUAGCCUUGAGAAAAGUGUCAUUUCCUAUUCAGUUUGGACUUGAAUGACAGCAUAUGUGAUGAAAUAUAUAUUUCUGCAAAUGUCUAUAGAUAUUUGUUUUGUUUUCCAAUGUUUGUUUUACAAUGAACUAA